AACCCACAAGCCUUCUUGUUUUUAUCAUUAUGGAUAUCAACCACAACAGCAGCACAAGCAACCACACUUGUAGUGGUCUUGACAUGACCAUGGAAGGUCUAAUCCUCCAUGAUCAACUUCCUUAUGACUUGGUUUACCCUAAUUAUCCUCUGCAGACACAUCAAAUAAUACCAUCCCCUAGCCAUGUACUCAGUCCAGGUAAUUUCCCUAGUGAAAAUCAACAGGGAAUAAGCCAGAGAGAGGAACAGCAAGAAGAGCCAGAAGAAGAACUAGGAGCCAUGAAAGAGAUGAUAUACAAGAUAGCAGCAAUGCAACCUGUGGACAUCGACCCAGCAACAAUUCAAAAGCCGAAAAGGCGUAAUGUCCGCAUUAGCAACGAUCCCCAGAGUGUAGCUGCACGCCACAGAAGAGAAAGGAUAAGUGAGAAGAUAAGAAUUCUUCAGAGACUAGUUCCAGGAGGAACAAAGAUGGACACUGCUACCAUGUUAGAUGAAGCCAUUCGCUAUGUCAAGUUCUUAAAGAGACAGAUUCAUGAGCUGCAGUCCAAUGAUCAGUCAUCUAUGCCGUCACCGCAUAAUUUCGGAGGAGUCAUGGGACACUUAUCAGCUAUCGAAUGUGAAGCUCUCGGCAUCAUCUCCCCCUCUUCUUCUUCGGUGCAACAGGCUAUUGGGUCUGCCGGAUUCACCAUUGGAGCCACCGGAGACAUCCCAUGUGAGACCUUAUGCUUUAACCAUCAAGAUGAGGUAAUUAGGAUCAAUGACUCGAGUGAUUAAUAACCAUGCAAGUUUAUAAGUGUGUGUAGAUUGUAAUUUUAGUAUGGUAGUGACCCUAUAAGUGAGUGAGUAACAGUACUGUAGGAGACUAUUACUUCCCUUCCCCUCUCAUGUUUGUGUUUUAAUUAAGUUUUGUUUAAUUGGGUACGUGAAGAAAUCUUGUUAGGAUCUAUUUGCCAAAGUGCAAUUGAAUAAUGAGAAGUGUCACCUUGGGUUACGUAAA